UUCAUUUACAAACUAUUCACUGAAAUACAAUUAAAAUACGACUCUAAGCCCCAUAAGUUAGAGUGCAAAAUCCAUUGCGCCACUACAAGACCUUGAACUUAGGUUGGAUUUGCGCGUUUAGUUUCUGCCAGUAUUUUUUAUACGAAAAAGAUGGCGUCAUGGUUCGGCCAACCUAGUGUAGAAGUGUACAAUGAUAUUCAUGUUAACUUUUUACCAUUAAAUUAUGCUUAUGUGAUUUUAAAUACGACUUUGGAUCACAUUGGAGUUUACAGUGUCAGUGAGGAUUGUUACAAAUGCCCAUACAAACGUCAGAAGAGUGAAUAUAAUGCAUUUGGAUCAGACAAAACUGCUGUUUAUAAAGUAUAUACAGGGGAACAGACCAAAUGGAGGAUUCUUAACAAUAACUAUAACGAUUUUAUUCAGACGGAUUAUGUUAGAGGCCUGAUGUGCAACAUGAAACCUACUCUGGCUGAGUAUGGUGUCUACAGAUUGGACAUCGGGAAAUGUGUGAUGGAAACCGAAGUUUCUCCGGUCAACAUAUACUUGCCUCUUCUGCUCUUCAGCCUAAUCAUAUUAAGCGCUAUUACAGCCUUCGGCCUCGUAAAAUUAUUUCUAAAGCGAAACAAAAAGCAACAUAACGAAGGAUUAAACUUAACUGCAGGACGAGAUAACUCAGAUAUAAUGACCAGCCUUCACUUCUUAAGGGGAUUGCUACUAAUUCUAAUAAUAUUCGUAACAACCGGUGGAGGAGGAUACCCAAUAUUCAGCAAGACGUAUUGCGGACUGACAGUGGCAAAUUGUCUUCUAUUCGCAUAUACAUUCUCUAUUGGCUUAAAAGUACCAAUAAUGGUUGAAGAUGGUUGUAGAAUGGAAGUGUCGAAGCGUUCAAUGCUUGGUAUUGUUGUCUUGAGAUCUGUCGUGCUGCUUUUCAUCGGGGUAGCUAUAAGCGCGGCUGCACCUCGCUCACGUUUUCUGGCGGUACCACUGUGGGCGCCUUUACCCUGCAUAGCUAUAUCUUACCUUGUGGUUGCCACAGUUUACCUGAUUAGUGUGAAUAAGGAAGGCAAGUCCAAGAAUACCAUUGGAACUGCCGGAACACUGUUUUGGAGCUGGUUUCUAGGAGCAUUCCUUUUAAUCGUCGUGAUACUUUCAAUCCACAUUUUCUACUACACCGAGUGUAAACAUUAUACAGAAUUCGACCCACGAAGAAACUCGUGGGUGGCGCAGGGUAACAACUGUCAAGAAGACGACGUAUUUAGCGAAGUGUUCAACAAGAAUAUGCUCUGUGUGAACAGGGAUGAACCUUUUUACAUUGACUAUUACUACGCCUUUACUAAUGGGUUACUUGGAAUAAUUUCAUACGUACUCACAGCACUGGUUGGUCUAAAAGCGGGUGUCAUCCACCUCCAACAUGACGAACACAGCACCAAAAUGAAGCAAUGGCGUUUCUGGGCAUUCAUGUUUGGAGUAACUGGUAUAAUUCUUGGUGCGGUCUCGAGUCCUCUCAAUUUUAAUCUUUGGCCGAUAUCUUCAAUCCUCCUCAUCGCCUCUGCCACUCUCUUCGUCUACACCUUCAUCUACCACAUCACUGAAGUCCGUCAGUUUUCAAGCAGCAUCAUCACAACUUGCGGCAUUUCCUCCAUCGCUACUAUCGCCGGUCAUCUUAUGUUCUCUUACACUUUCCCGUUUUAUUGGGGUCGGUAUUUGGAUACACAUUUCUUGUAUUUGUGUCAGAGUGCGUGGAUCGUGUGUGUGUGGAUUGUAAUCAGUGUGUGUUGGAUGAGGUGGCGGAGUUUUUUGAUAACGAGUGUGGUUAGUGAUGAGGGAGAGAGGCGGGUAGUUCUCGCUUGGUGAAGUUCUGAAGGUAUGUUUGUUUUAUUAUAAGAACCAUUUAUUUACAUACAAGAUAUAUACAGUGUUACUACGUAAACAAAAUUAAUAACUAGCUUAAAUCUAAAAUAGGCCCUUGAGGCAUGGAAGGAUGCUGGCGGCAUUUCCUCGCUGUAUCGCAAUGCUGAUACGUUGUGCGAGGAAGCCGCCAGCUCUUCGGUCACUAGUUACGUCAACCAGACGCUUCGCGAUUUCUGCAAACAACUUGUGCGCUCGGACCCCAUGGACCUAGAGUUUCAACUCCAAAUGGAACAUGAUAGUCUUAUAGUUAGAGCAUUUGUAAAAAGUCUUAUGUCGUUAUUAAUAAAGGCGCUGCAAGCCUCAAUUAGAUAUUAAUCGUUUGGUUUAAUCUGUGAUUUUAAAUAAUGUACCUAUUUGUAAGAAAGGGAUGAAACAUAAAUCAACUAAUUGUAGCUUGUAAAUGAUGAAUCCUUAUUAACCCGCUUGGGUUAGAGGCUGUAUGUAAAGAUGACAACACAAAGCUCUAAUCGAAAUGUAAAAAAUUAAAAAUGUAUCAGUCUGACAGAUGCAACAAGACACGUCAUCAUUUUCAAGCAUUAUUUAAGUUACGAUUGGCAUUUUCUAUAAAAUAAUUACCUAUAUAUUAAAAAAUAAAUGCGUGGAUUAACUAAAACACAGGAAGUUUUAUGUAAAUUAAUAAAAUCUUUUAUUGUUUAUUGUGUGUUAAUUGUAGCCUUUACUCCCAGAACACAGGAUUUUCAGUGGAUAAAUAUAAAUUAAACAAUAAUCUAAGGUAAGUUUAGUUAUAAGGGUUACGGCGCUAACAAAACGACGAACGCCACAAGAAAAAAACACUUUUCAUAUCCGACAAUUCCAACAUUGAUCAGUCUUAAAUCCUUUCAUGUGUGGGAGACCAGAAUCGAGCAUCAGUUUUUGCGGCAAUUUUAAAUUCAAAAUUUAAACUUCAAGGUCACUAUUUUAAUAGCACAUCUUUGACAGCAGCUGGUUCAUGACUGUGUUCCCAGGACAGCAUUAUACACUAAUCACUGUUUUGUUAUGUGCAUGAAACUUUUUAACAAACUACCUAAAACUAUAAGGGAACUACCUGUACAUAGAUUUAGAAAUAAAUUGAUGAAGCUAUUGACUGAUAAAAGCUAUUACAAUGUAAAAGAUUUCCUUUCUCAAGAUAUGCAGCCAGAUUUGUAGUAGUUUCUAGUUUUAAGAUUUUUGCAUGCUAGUACAACCUGUAUAGUACAAAUAGCAGAAUAAGCAACCAAUUGUCACUUACCACCUAAGACACUAUUGUACCUACUUAUUCUUUGCAAAUAAAUACAUAC